GAUUACGUAACACCUUUAAGUUAACCUAAACAGCUCAGCCCAGCCCAGCCCAUCCCAGCGGCCCAGCCAGAUCAGGGAGAUAAAGUGCCGCUGUGAAUGAAAUAGGAAUUGGGAAUAUAGGGAUUUGGGUACAGAAGCAGAGGUGUUGGGAGAAGGAAGAAAAUGGGGAAGCAGCCGGUGAGGAUGAAAGCGGUUGUCUACGCUCUCUCGCCUUUCCAACAGAAGAUAAUGACCGGCCUCUGGAAGGAUCUGCCGGGGAAGAUCCACCACAAGGUCUCCGAGAACUGGAUUAGUGCCACUCUCCUCCUCACUCCUCUCAUCGGCACUUACACGUACGUGCAGCAUUACCAGGAAAAGGAGAAGUUGGAGCAUAGGUACUGAAGUAUCUCCAUCUUUUUGGAAUGGAAAUAAUAGCUUGUUUUUUUCAUAAUUUGUAAGUGCACCAUUUGAUGAGGUUGUGCCUCGUGUGUUAUCUAGUUAGAACUACAUUUGUCUCGGUCAAUCUUGUUUGUUUUGACUCUUGGGUUGUGUUAUGAAUCCUGAACAGUGAUAUUGUUCUUUUUGAAAUAAAUUCCAAGUAAUUUCUUCUUCUUCUUCUUCUUCUUUUUCUUCUUCCUCUUUGUGUGUGUCACUGAUUUGUGGAAUUGCUAAUAUACUAGCUCUGAAGUU